CCUGCCCCUCAGAUGACAGGGGGCGGCCGACAGGAGCCGGCGGCUCCCCUCGGCUCAGCGUAUGGAGGCGUGCGAGAGAGCCACUCGUGGUUGAGUGUGUGUGCGUGCCUGUACGGGUCCGUGGGGGUGCUGGUGUAUGUGAAGGAGUGCGCCGGCGUGAUUGGUCAUCCUUUAUCCUUGCCCUUUCCAUCUCCCACUAGCAGUGGCAUGAUGUGUCCCACCAAGUGCGUCUCAGCUAACUUGACAUGUUUUGGCUCUGUGCAUAGUUUAUCCGACGGUGCUGCCGCCUGGCGAGAUCACCAUGGAACCUCCACUUAACUACGACCCGAGAUACCCGGCCACGACCAACUACUACUGGGGCUCGAUCGAAGUCAACAUGACGUCCACGGCCGGCACCGGCAGCUUCAAGACUGCCAACGGCCCGCCCGGCUUCUCAAGCUCGCUCAAGCUCUUCGGCUCCGGGUGCAUGACCCACACCGGCUGGGCUUCCAAGCGCGACCCCUGUGCCAGGAACCCCGCCGACUGCACCGAGGGCUUCUCGUUUAGUCUUUGGGUGAGACUGGAGCUGGAAGACACCGAAUCCAUGUUCGACACCGAGGCGCAGGAGUCAUCUGGAGAGACACCGAGGAGACGUUACCUGCUCAGCUCGGGCGGUGACGACGCCGGCUCGCCUGGCAUCGCACUCUAUCUGGACAGACACAGACUGACCGCACUGGUGUCGACCGGCUCAGAGUACUGGAAAGCCAGCGUCAACGGCCGAGUGCGGAACAACACAUGGAACAACGUCGGCGUGCGCUGGAGGUCCGACGCCCCAUUGGACGCUGUAAAUGGAAGCCUUGCGGGUCUGCAGCUCUACAUCAACAACAAGACGGAGGCUCACGCCGUCUUCCCGAAGACGGCGCCGGCUGCCGGCAGUGUCCUUGACCCCGUCGAGGUCAUGGUGGGUUGCCAUCGAACAGCCUCGCGGCGGGACUUCCACCACAUGUGCGACUGUGAGUUCGACGAGGUGGCCAUGUGGACGCGCGCACUCCCCGCCAAUGAGACAGUGUUCUUCUUGGGCGGAUACAGUGAGUGGCUUCGACUGCAGCUCGGUGGUGAAAAUGACAUUACCUGCUGA